AUGGAGAUCAAGGAUAUGAAGGAACUCAAAUGGCCUGCCAGAAUGAGGUCACCACCCGAAUCCAGGGACAUGAAUACAUACUGUGAGUUCCAUCGGGAUCAUGGGCAUACCACGGAAAACUGUAAGGCCCUGCAACGGGAGACUGAAGCCCUUAUUAAAAGAAGACUCCUGAGUUCCUACGUCGGUAACAACAAACGCCCGAGGAACGAUCGUGGUAGGGAAAGAGCCCCUGAAGCAAAAAGGGAUGGCCAACCCACUGUUGGAACCAUCAAUAUCAUCAUUGGGGCGAUUGUGGCCAAUUUUGAAGUAAAGAGAAUCUUGGUUGACAACGGGAGUGCGGCUAAUAUACUUCUACAAGAGGCUUUUGCCAAAAUGGGAAUCUCAUCUCAGCAGCUCAAAGCGGUUAAAACUCCUCUCCAGGGGUUUGGGGGAGGAGUCAUCACUCCAGAGGGUGUCGUCGAGCUUCCUCAAACUUUGGUUUCUGGCCAGAAACAGGUUACGGAGAUUACAUCUUUUCAAGUGAUCAGAGCCAUUGUGUCUACCUUCCACCUAGCCAUGAAGUUUCCAACAAGUAAUGGCGUUGGGGUCGUGUGUGGAGACCAAGCAGCUACCAGACAAUGCUAUGUUGCCAGCGUUCGGGAAAUAAAUAACGACGUCAUACAAAUCUCAAGGACAAAGCUCGAGAUCGCGCAACAACAUGAUAAAAAGGUGACGAUUGGUCGGGAUCUUAACGUCACCCUAAAGACAGAACUUAUUGGUUGCUUAUCUCGCAACAUUGACGUUUUUGCCUGGAAGGUUGAGGAUAUACCAGGGAUAGACCCCAAAAUUGCAGUUCACAGGCUUAACAUUAGCCCAGGGGCCAGACCAGUCCAAUAUCCCGAUUGGCUUGCCAAUGUUGUUUUAGUGAAGAAGGCCAAUGGUAAGUGGAGGGUCUACACUAACUUCACAGAUCUUAACAAAGCAUGUCCAAAGGAUAGUUAUUCCCUACUGCGGAUUGACAACUUGGUGGAUAGCACAUCUGGACAUAAGCUAUACAACUUCUUAGAUGCAUUUUCUGGUUAUCAUCAAAUCCUUAUGGCCGAGGAAGAUCAAGAAAAGACGUCAUUCAUGGUCGAUUCCACCAUAUACUAUUAUGAGGUCAUGUUUUUCGAUUUGAAGAAUGCAAGGGCAACAUACCAAAGGCUCAUCAACAAAGUCUUUGCUAACUUGAUAGGAAGGAAUGUGGAGGCGUACGUUGAUGACAUGGUGGUUAAGAGCAAACGGGUGGACCAACAUAUUUCAGAUCUUGAAGAGUUUUUCCACACCUUGCGAAAGUACAGAAUGAAGUUAAACCCAGCAAAAUGUGCAUUUGGCGUAGCCUCGGGCAAGUUCUUGGGCUUUAUGAUCACUCACCAAGGGAUAGAGGCUAACCCUGACAAAAUACAAGCCUUAGCAUCUAUGGAAUCACCAAGGAACAAGAAAGAGGAGUUCAAGCAAACAUUGGCAUCUCCUCCUAUUCUCACUAGGCCUGAGCCUGGUGACACCUUAUUUUUGUACUUGGCCAUAUCUCAAAACGCGGUCAGUGGGCUCUUGGUGAAAGAGUUUAACAGAGUCCAACAACCUAUCUACUAUGUAAGCAAGGUCCUACAAGAUUGGGAAACAAGGUAUACUUUGGCAGAACAACUUGCCCUUGCCUUGGUGAUAACAGCACGAAAACUUCGACAGUAUUUUCAGUCUCACCCUAUUGUGGUGCUCACUAAUCAACCAGUCAGGCAUAUACUUCAGAAGCCGGACAUCUCAGGAAGACUGAUGAAAUGGGUGAUCGAGCUUGGAGAAUUUGACAUCGAAUUCAAACCACGCCCAUCUAUCAAAGCCCAAGCACUAGCCGACUUCAUUGCAGAACUAACCCCUAGGCCUCGGGGGCCAGAUUCAAGGUUCGAGUUUGAAGCAACCAAUAACGAGGCCGAGUAUGGGGUCGUCGUUAUUGCUCUGGAGCUAGCCCUUAGCCUUGAGCUCGAGUUUGUGAAGGAUCUUCAACGAAAAUUCAAGAGUUGUGAAAUUGCAAAAAUUGCUCGAAAGCACAACAGAAAAGCUGACGCAUUGUCUAGGCUUGUGUUCAUGGGGGUUGACAGUCUGGACAGAACAGUUCACAUCAAAGUCAUCACAGAACCUAGCAUCAAUCAAACGCCCGACGUCAUGGACAUUGACAACGAACUGUCUUGGAUGGACCCAAUCAUAGAAUUCAUCACAAGUGGAAAUCUACCAAGCGAUGCUAGGUUGGCUAGAAGCAUUCGAGCUCGAGCUCCUAGGUACUGCAUGAUCAGCGGUAUCCUCUUCCGCAGAAGUAUUAUUCUUCCAUACCUAAGGUGCCUUAGACCAUCAGAAUCAUCCCAGGCCCUUGCUGAAGUUCAUGAAGGUGUGUGCGGGAAUCAUCAAGGAGCCAGGGCCCUGGCCUUUAAACUCAUACGAUAUGGGUACUAUUGGCCAACUAUGAAGAAUGAUGCCUCAGAAUAUGUUAAGAGAUGUGAUAGGUGUCAGAGGUUUGCAGUAGAGUAUUUCACUAAAUGGGCAGAGGCCGAACCUCUCGCAAUGAUAUCGGAGCCCAAGCUAAGAGCCUUCACUUGGAGGUCUAUCAUUUGCAGGUUUGGGAUACCAAAGGUCCUCAUCACCAACAAUGGCAGGGAUUCUUGGUCCGACGAGCUGCCUUCUAUACUAUGGACGUAUAGAACAACUCAUAGGACAACCUCAGGAGAAACCCCUUUUAUGUUAGCCUAUGGCAUUGAAGCAAUGGUCCCGGUGGAAAUUAGACUGCCAAGCCAUAAGAGACUCGAGCCAGAAACCUCGGGGCAUACAACUGAACACCUUGCUCUCUUGGAAGAAGUAUGGGAGCAAGCCGCUAUAAAGGUUGCCUCUUAUCGAACUAAGACAGCAAAAUAUUUUAAUAACAAAGUCAAGACUCGGAGGUUCAGAGCUGGCGACUUGGUCUUGAGGAGGGCCAAAGCAGCAGGUCACCCCUCAGGGAAGCUCGGGCCCAUCUGGGAAGGACCCUUUGAGGUCAUACGACAGGUUCGCAAAGGAGCAUACAGUCUAAGAGACACUUCGGGAAGACCCCUUCCUAGGCCUUAG